AUGAAAAUUAUACUGUUCAUAUUUCUGAACUUCUUCGUUAGAGCGGAAGUGUUCAACAGUCUUGAGUCGACAGAUAAACCAUCGGCUAGCGAUGAGAACUUCGAGAACGAACUGGAAGAGGGAUAUCAGUUACUCAAAGACGAGCCCCAUGCCGAAGACACAAAGAUUCUUCUCCAGCAAUUGCACGUGUUAGAGCCAGAAAUCAAAGAAGAACUCGCUCUAUCCCCAGAACGGAAUGCUGAGUUACAAGAAGAAAUGAAGAACUACGUUAAAAUCGAGAACGAUCACGUUCCACAAUUUGGCGAAACGAUCGAAGAAAUCAAUUUGGACACCAAAGUAGACAGAGCUCUGUUUCAAGGAGACAUACUACUUACUAAAGAACAAGCCGAUGAGAUCAUAGAGGACGUUAAGGAAAACAAAGCCAACCGCAGCAAACGACAGGCAUAUCGUGACAGUAGAUAUCCCAAUGCUCUGUGGUCAAAUGGAGUGUCCUAUUCCUUUCACUGGAACGCAAGUUCGUUUCGUCGUUUUUCAAUCUAUUCUUAG